AGGAGGAUAAUCCCAGCUAUGGUUGGUGACGACGAUUUCGGCCCUAUCCUUGCCGACACUUUCGACCUUACUCUUUUAUUCGAGCAGAGUUUUCUUUCCUUGCUUCCAGCAGCGAUGUUUAUCAUCUUGGGUAUACUUCGAAUUCUGCAUAUUAGUCGCAAAGAGCGCCGUUCGUUCAAGGGGCGCUUGCUCUGGGCUAAGCUGUUUUUGACGUUCGUAUACGGAAGCGCACGACUUUCAUUGCUGUUAUUAUGGAUAUUUGGCUCCGGUCCAAAGGUCAGGACGUCCGUCGCCGAGUCUGCUGUGGGCAUCGUCGAGGCCAUCGUUAUGGCCGCCCUCUCCUUUACCGAGCAUUUUUUCGCCGGAGUCAUCCCUCGACUCAUGUACAGUGGGUUUGGGUUCGCGCAACCGUUCCUCAUUAGUUCCGUCAUCGCCUUCGUGGGAAGUCCACAGCCAGACUUCGAGUCUCAGAUAUCCGGUAUUCUGAUUGCGGCUACUGGCUUUAUUUACAUUGGCCUAGCUCUUACCGCCGCCUGGCACAGGCACCUUUCGUAUCAGCUUGUUACCAUGUGGCGCGGCGGGCUCGUGUCACUUAUUUUCAAAAAGACGUUAAGUUUAAGAACCUGCUGUGCAGAGGAAAGUGCGUCGAUCACGCUCAUGUCGACAGAUAUUGAUUCAAUCGUCGCCGCUGGAGAGUCCUUGCAUGAUAUGUGGUGCAGCCUUCUCGACCUCCCGAUGGGUAUCUACCUGCUCUAUUGCCAAAUUGGCUUUCCAAGCCUCCUUGUAUUGGUUCCCACGACAUUCACCACGGUCCUCAGUGCUUUCAUUGGCCCAGCGAUGGAGCCAGCGCUCGUGGAUUGGAAAGCAGCAAUUCAGAGGAGAGUAGCCAAGGCAUCUGACAUGCUUGGCCAAAUGAAAGGCAUCAAGAUGAUGGGGCUCACAGACUUCUUCCACUCCUUGGUCCGCACAUUGAGACUGGACGAGAUCAAAAUUUCCUACCGUUUCCGAUGGCUGCUGGCCGGGAUCAUGGUCUUAUCAACCUUCUCCUCCGAGAUCACUCCAGUGAUGAUGGUUCUUUGUGCGACAUACUGGCCCAACGCAGGACAAUCGCUUGAUAUUAGCAAAGCUUUCACCUUACUAUCAAUAAUUUCUUUGGUUACGCAGCCACUUGUAUUGAUCCUUACUUCCAUAAUGCAAAUAGCAGGUGUCUUUGGAAGCUUUUCGCGCAUACAAGCGUUUCUUCAUCUAGAAGAGCAAGAAGAUUUCCGUGGAAGGACUCCUGUUGCCUCCAUGAGCUCUAGGUCAACUCUCAGAUGUUCUAGUGAAUCGACUCUGGGUACCAUUGCCCCUUCGGAAGAUCAGUCGAUAGAGCUUUCUCCCUCGGGAUCCGAGAUACAAAAUGACACAGAAGUCGACACACUAGCUAUCACGAUCAGCCACGCAAGUUUUCAAAGCGAUGAUGGUCUUCCCGUCCUUCAUGAUAUCCAUUUGAAAAUACCACAAGGGGCGUUCACUAUCAUCACCGGCCGGGUUGGUUGUGGCAAAACCUCACUUCUCAAAGCGAUUGUAGGGGAGAUGGUCCCAGGAACUGGAUACGUCUCCGUCCUGGAUCAUCGUAUCGGAUACUGCGACCAGACUCCGUGGGUACAAAACACCUCUAUCAAAGCUAACAUUAUCGGCCAAUCUCCCCUGGACGACAAAUGGUUCUCUCAAGUGGUGCAAUGUUGCGCUCUUGACGAAGACCUCGCAAUGUUUCCUCUGGGUGAUCAAACCUUUGUCGGGUCGAAUGGCGUUGCUUUGAGCGGAGGCCAGAGGCAGCGUUUGGCAUUGGCUCGAGCAAUUUACCAAAAACGGGACAUUCUGGUUCUUGAUGAUGUUUUCAGCGGAGUUGACAAUAGGACCUCUCGGAACAUAUUCCAUCGUCUGAUGGGCCCAACUGGCCUCCUUCGCCACAACAGUACGACCAUUGUUCUUGCUACAAGCAACGUCCACUUCCUGCCCGGGGCCGACUACAUCACAAUCCUCCGACAGGGGAGUAUUAUCCGCAACCAAGUGACUUACCAGAGUCUCCAGGCUGAUGAAUGGGGCACCUUUGACGAUGAAUCUCUCAUGUCAAAUGACGGCGAUGGAGGCGACGACGAUGCCAAAACAUACAGGCCGGCCCAAGAGCCCGAAGAAAAGGCUGAUAAGGCCACGCCGGUUCCUGACACUGACAGCACUCGCCAAACCGGCGAUUCGGAAUGCUACAAAAUCUACCUUGGUUCAUUCGGAUGGAAACUCUUGAUCAUACUGGCUGGACUCAAGCUACUACACUCUGCCCUCGAGGUCAUGCCUCUUAACACGGAUGGCUCAGAGGUGUGGUUGAAAUCAUGGACCGAAAGAUCAAUACACGAAGGCCCGCAAAACAUCGGAUGGCCCCUUGGCUAUGUCAGCCUUGUCUGUGCAUCAAUUCUGAUUGCAAGCUUCGGGAUAGGACUUUUCAUAGUUGUUGGGAUCCCCAAGUCAGCGGCACAUCUCCACGAGGAACUUCUUCGAUCUGUUUGCCGCGCACCUCUAUACUUUUUUGCGGCCACAGAUUGUGGCACGACAAUCAAUCGCUUCAGCCAGGAUAUGUCACUCCUGGACCAAACCCUCCCCUUGGCAUUAUAUAUGUCUCUUUCUCUGCUUCUCAAAGCUAUUACCCAGACUGGGAUAAUCGCUUCUGGCGCUACCUACGUCAGCGCCUUCAUCCCCCCAAGCUUUCUCCUCCUUUUUGCUAUUCAAAGAAUUUACUUGAGGACAUCCAAACAACUGAGACAUAUGGAUUUGGAGCUAAGAGCCCCACUAUAUACACAUUUCACAGAGGCACUCACCGGCCUCUCAACCAUCCGCGCCUUUGGUUGGUCAGAUGCCUUCCUGGAAGAAAACACCAGACGCCUGGGCAUGUCUCAGAAGCCCUUUUACUUGAUGUUUUGCAUCCAGAGGUGGCUACAAGUUGUAUUGGAUUUGUUCGUCGCCGGCAUGGCCCUUGUCCUCGCCUCCAUGGCUCUGAAGAUGUCACGCUCUACUUCCGAAGGAAAAAUUGCCCUAGCUAUGGUGAACCUCCUCGGCUUCAAUUACACUCUCACACUGUUCAUCGACCAGUGGACCCAAGUGGAAACUUCUCUUGGCGCUAUCGCCCGUCUCAAGAUAUUCAUGCGAAACACCCCAAACGAGGACGAAGAGCCUGAGAAAACGCUGCCGUUGAGCGACUGGCCUGCUCAGGGAGCUAUCGAGUUUAAAGACAUUUCCGCUUGCUACAGUGAUGUCGGUGAUGUGGUGCUGCGCAACAUAUCACUGAGUAUUUCGCCUGGGCAAAAAGUAUGCAUCUGCGGUCGGUCCGGAAGCGGCAAAUCAUCACUCAUUCUCACCCUGCUUCGCCUUGUUGAACUUCGCUCCGGCAAGCUGCAGAUUGACGGUGUCGACCUCUCCAGCGUGCCUCGCCGACACAUCCGUUCAUGUCUCAACACGGUCCCGCAAGAUCCCAUACGCAUUGGAGGCAACGUUCGGCUAAAUCUUGACCCACAAGGCAGAAUACAGUCAGAUGAGCCUCUUAUUGAAGCUUUAGACAAAGCGAUGAUCUGGCCCAUGAUCAAGGAGCGAGGCGGCUUAGAAGCGCAGGUCACAGAUCUAGGUUUCUCAGUGGGUCAAAUGCAGCUCUUCUCCCUCGCGAGAGCCCUCCUCUCACGUAGCAAAGUAGUGCUGCUUGAUGAAGCCACAAGCAGUAUCGAUAGGACCACAGAUGAAGAAAUCCGGCGGAUCAUUAGAGACGAGCUGAGGGGUCGCACGGUCCUGGAAGUCGUACAUCGGUUGGAGACUGUCCGUGACUUUGACCUGGUGGUUGUAAUGGGGCAUGGCGAAAUACUAGAGACCGGAUCGCCUGAAGAGCUAUUGGCACAGCCAUCAUCGGAAUUGCGGAAGCUUUACGACAGGAAAGGAGUUUGA